AGAAUUAAAGCAAACAAAUAGAAUAAUAGAUAGAUUACAUCUAAUCUAUCUAGAUUUAGAUCUAUUGAAAUCUAUUGAUAUUCCCAUUCUGGAUCUAGAUCUGUUUCUUUUAUAAUCUAUUGCACAGCUUUGAUUAUUUAAAUUGGGAUUCAUUCCUUCCUUGUCAAACAAGCGGCUGCCUGAGUGACUUUUUAUGACGAUAGGAAACUAAUUUCACUGGAGGAUCAUUUGAGACUUAUAAAAUGCCACCCUGAUAAAAAGAUUAAGUUUUGAAAAACUUUCGAAUUCUCAAAGAUAAAAUACAGAAUAGACCCACAAAAUCUCUCUUCAACAUCAUAUAGAGAAGAUGGUGGUUUUUUGCUAUGAACAUCUUCAAAAUUGAUGAACUGACAGCCACUCAUGGCGUCUAAUAACAUUCAUGGUGGUUCCAAACGUUAUUCCAAAGCAGACUCAAAAGAACUUCAUUCUGAUUCCACUCAGCCGUCAGCCAAGAAAAGCAAAUAUGGAGACUCCUUUGCCAAGCAGCGACCAGAAAAAGAGGAUGUCAAUUCAAAAGAACAUAUAAAUGAUCCAUUAUUUUGGGGGCCGUAUUUAUCUGAGCGGCAGUGGGGAACUGUUAGGGAAGAUUACUCACCUGAUGGCAACUGCUGGGACUAUUUGAGUCAUUAUGAUGCAACAAAGCAAGCUUACCACUGGGGUGAAGAUGGUUUACUAGGAGUCUGCGAUAAGUUUGGGAUGCUUUGUGCUUCACUGGCACUAUGGAACAAGAAAGACCCCAUUCUUAAAGAGAGGCUAUUUGGACUGACUGGAAAAGAGGGCAACCAUGGUGAGGAUGUGAAAGAGCUGUACUACUAUUUAGACAACACUCCCAGACACACCUACAUGCAAGCUUUGUACAGAUACCCACAGUCUGAGUUUCCUUAUGAGAAGUUGAUUAACCACGGCAGGUCAUUUCAUGAACCAGAGUUUGAGAUCUUUGACACAGGUAUCUUUGAAAGUAACUACUGGGAUAUCAACAUUGAGUAUGCCAAGCCAGCGGCACACACUCUUAUCUGCCGUGUGACUGUUACCAACCAAUCGAAAGAGCAGGCCAAGGUUGACGUCAUACCACAGUUUUUCUUCAGAAACACUUGGAGCAAGCCUAGCCCCAACAAAAUCGACAACCCUCCCUUGUUUCAGUUGAUUGGCGGAGAUGGAGUGGAUGCUAUUUAUGAUAUGGGUAUUUUCAGAAUAAAUUUUAACUAUGGCACCAACGUGACGUUGAACAAGCUUCUUUUUACUGAAAACAAUGCAGAGACAAAUGAUAUGGAUAUAUUAGAAAGUGAUACAGACACUAGCCGCAGCCACAGUCUAUCUACGGAUACAUUUAUUUCAGAAAGACUAGAGGAUAAGAGACACGUGAAAGAUGCAUUCCAUAGAUACAUUAUUUAUGAUGACAGUAAUGCAGUCAAUCCCAAACAGAAUGGUACCAAGUGUUGCGCUUGGAUGACCAUUGACCUUCCGGGCAAGUCUAAAACCUGUGUCUACUGGCAGAUUUUCCCUGCAGAUUGUGUGGGAGAACGCAGUGUAGUCAGGCUGGAUGAGGUUUUUACUUUCCAGAAGGCCAAAGCCAAUGAGUUCUAUCACAAGGUUAUACCAAAGAAUGCAACCAAUGAGGAGAUGAAUAUAUGUCGGCAGGCAGUAGCUGGUCUAUUGUGGUCCAAGCAAUUGUACAUCCUAAAUAUGGAAGUUAAAAAUAAAGAGUUAAGAAACCGUCAUCUAAUAAAUUAUUUCCGUACACUGCAUGGCAAGAAGAAGAUUGGCUGGAACCAUUUGUCUUGUCAUGACAUUCUCCUGGUGCCUGACAAAUGGGAAUUUCCAUGGUUUGCUUCCUGGGACCUGGCAUUUCAUAGUGUACAAUUUGCCAGGAUUGACAUGUCUUUUGCAAAGGAGCAGAUCUUACUUCUGCUGUCUGACAGAUAUAUGCACCCCAAUGGCCAGAUCCCUGGUUGUGAGUUUGACUUUGGAGAUCCUAACCCACCCAUCAUUGUCUGGGCUGUAUGGAAAAUGUUUACAAUGGAAGGGAAGAAAGACAUUCCCUACUUAAAAACUUGUUUCAAUCGCCUGAUAUUCACGUUUCAAUGGUGGCACAAGCUGGACCUCAUGAACACUCACUUGUUUGGUCAUGGCUUCAUGGGCCUUGAUAACAUCAGCUUGGUGGACCGCACCUCUCUCCCGCACGGCAUGACCAACAUAAAACAGGCUGACUGUACAGGCUGGAUGGGACUAUUCAGUCUAACCAUGCUACAGAUAGCCCUUGAGCUGUGCAAGCAGGACAGUAGCUACACAGACAUGGCCAUCAAGUUCCUUAAACAUUUCCUGCACAUUGCCAAGAGCAUCAACCGCCCCGUAACAGAAGGAGGUCUGUGGGACGAGGAAGAUAAGUUCUUCUAUGACGUGGCUUACUUCCAGGAGCCGCACAGCACUCCCAUACGCCUGCGGUCUUGGACAGGGAUCAUCCCAUUGUUUGCUUGCUGCUCCAUUGAUCUCAAGUUUUGUCCCUUGGUCAAGAUGUUUCUUCUUAAAUGUGACAAAGGAUUCUCUCCCUUUGUUUGCAAACUGGGUGAGAAUGAGUUCUUCCUGACCUUGGUCUCGUACACCAAGCUGAAGAUGAUACUGAAAACUGUUUUCUCUGAUGAUGAGUUUCUCUCCCCUUAUGGAAUUAGGUCAUUAUCUAAGGCUUAUCAAGAUAAUCCUUUAAUUUUUGACAUUGCUGAGGUACCAGUGACUGUCACUUACUUGCCAGGAGAAUCCAAUUCAGACAUGUUUGGUGGCAACAGCAACUGGAGAGGGCCAAUCUGGCUGCCUAUGAACUACAUGCUGAUUGAGUGUUUGGAGAAAUAUGCCGAUCUUGACAAAGUGUUUACUGUUCCACUCAGCAUACAUUAUCCAACUGGAUCCAGUACAAAGUCAACAUUUUUCACAAUUACUCAUGAUUUGUGUCGGAGAUUGCUGAAGAUAUUUUUGCCUGAUUCUCUUGGAGCUCGACCAGUUCAUGGUGAAGUUGAGAAGUAUGUGCUUGACCCUGACUGGAAACCUCUGGUACUUUUCUAUGAAUACUUUCAUGCUGAAAGUGGACGUGGAUGUGGCGCCAGUCAUCAGACAGGAUGGUCUGCCCUUGUCUUGGAGCUUGUAUACAAACUGCACAACAUGCAGCAGCCGCUAACUGAGUCGUUUGUCAGUGACUUGUUUCCUAAACCACCGCAGCCUAAUCUUUACCGACUACAGCCCCAUCAGUCAUUCUUACAUCACUGAUGUCAUUUUUAGAUUUGGCUUUUUUUUUUACAACAGCAAACUUAAUCUGUCUCACUGAUCUAUGUAUAAGUGUGAAAGUCUCAACGUAUGUGGGUCAGUGAUGACAUAUGUAGAUAGAUUCUUAUCCAUUUUUAACAAUGCAACAUGAGGCCUUUAGCAAUUGAAAAAAUCUAUUCAUAUCAACAGGGCAGACUCCUGAAUUAAGUGGGACACAAGGCUGUCUGACCCUGAUGUUUUAAUCAAACCAAAAUCUAAAUGCAAACUGAGUUUCUAUUUAAAGCCUCUGCAGUCAAACUUAAUGAUAUUGAACUAACAGAACCAGCUCAAUAACCUGUGAUCUAACCCUGUUCAAAGCAUGUUGCAAACAACUGCUCUUAGUCUUGUCUGUUGUUUCCAUUGUCCAACCUGUGUAAGUUUUUUCAUUUUUCCUAAACUUUCCCCGUCAUUAUGACCAUUGAAGGGAGGUAAUUUUUAAAACUUCAUGUUAGUUUUAAUUGAACAGUUCUGUCCAAUCAAAAGAAUAUAAAGGAAGAAUUUUUGGAAAAAAAAGUCUUUGUUGGAGUCGGUGACCUUGCAUCCUAUGUCCAAACUGCUACAUCUAAGAAAUAUUUGUGGGUAGAGUGGUAAUUCUUGAUGCUAUAAAAAAAAAUAAUAUUUUUCAAAGUGAUAAUAAAAUGCUCCCCCCUUUUAAUGCCAAACAUAUAACCUUUAACCCUGUCUGCAGACUCUAGAAAUUGUAUUGGUUUUAAUAUGCAGCCUCUCUUUCAUAAUGAAUAUCCUGAACUGUGAACAAUUACCAUGAGAUUAGGUGCAAAUAAGUUCUGUUACUGCUAUUGAGGCAGUAAAAAUAGUUUGACUUAGAGAAUGUUUGUUUGAGUUACCUAACUUUGAUAAAACUAACUUUAUAACAAAAAGCCAAUUCCUGAGCAACAACUUGAGGAAAAAUUGAAAUCAUUGGAACUUUUAAUAUAUUCCCUGUUUCAAAUGUCAAGGUUUCUGAGUAUAUGGAAACUGUAAAAUGUAAAAAAUAGAAAAUGUUUGACACAGAACAAGAAAGAAAAUUCAGCCUGCUGUGUUUCAAGCAUGUUAUUUUGUUGAUUUUAUCAUUGAUAUAUGAUUCCAUUUAAGGUGUCAAUCACUAAAUGUUGAGACCAGGCAAUGUUUUAAGCAAUAUAACAAACUAAACAGAAACAUCUUCAGCAAUGAAAACAAAAAAAAAAAAAAUGUCUUUUUGAAAAGAUCUCACAAAUCUGUUGUUCUCUCUUUAAUGUGUGAUUUUUUAUCAAAAUCCUUUGAAAACCACAUCACACAAAUCUGCUACGUCAGACAGAUGAACUUGCGGCUGUGUUAUUUAUUAUAUUUUACCAACUCGUGUGACAUUUAUUUUCAUUUCGCAUGUUUUUGUUUCAAGCUUCUGUUGCAAGUAGUAUAGAUCUAUCUGGUAGAUUUAUUUUAUGCAAGCAUUGUUUGUAUGUGAUUGACUUACAGUGUGCCAAGUAAUUCAGAAAAAUUUUCAUCAUCAAUGAAAUCAUUGUUUUAUAUAGAGCCUAUAUGUAAAUAUACUUUAUUUUAAUUAUAUUAUAUUUAUUAUCUUUAUGGUAAAUCAUAAUUGCAAUCUCCCUAAGUAAUAGACUUAGUCCAAUACUGUUCCUGCAACCAACCUAUAUAUACAUUUAUCCUUCAUGCUACCUCUUAGCCUAGCCUUUAUCCAAUGACAAUGAUACUGGCCCUUCACUGUCAAAGUCUAUUGUUAUUAUUUUUAACCCUUACUCAUCUAAUAGAAUGCUAUCCCUAAUACAAUAUUUAUCCCUAAGCCUAAUGGUUAGAGCUAACCCCAGAUACUGAUCUCAAAGAAUACCCAGUUUUUUUUGUUUGUUUUUUUCUUUAUCUUUUAGAACUAGAAACAAAUUUUAAAAUAAGAUUAUAUUACAAAUAUAAACAUUGUUUUAGUCACACAUUUUUUUUUUUAAAUAUGUAAAUAAUGUUAGAUUACAUUAAAAGCUUUCAAAAAAUU